UCCCUCCCUCUCCCUCCCCCUCUCUCUUUGCCCGCCUCGCCGCUGCCUCCUUCACCGACGCCUGCCGCGCAAACUCCCCCUACCUCCUUUCCCAUCCCCACCCCCUCCCCGUCUGGUAUACACCCGCCCUUUGUCUCUACCCGCCCGCGGCCAGGAUGUUUGUCCUGGUGAAGUUUUCCGACAGCGUGCGCAUCGCGCCGGCGGACUUCAGAAAGAAGCUCUCGGACGCAGUGAUCGAUGAGCUGAACAAGAAGUAUGCCAACAAGGUGGUCAAGCGGGUAGGCCUCUGCAUUAGCCUGUUUGAGCUGCACUCGGUCGGUGACCCGCUGGUUGUCCCGGCCGAUGGGUGCACCCAUGUAAAGGUCACCUUCACGUAUAUUGUCUUCCGGCCAUUCGUCGGGCAGAUCCUUUCCGGGCGCAUUAAGAAGUGCACCCCCGAGGGUGUCUUCGUGACGUUGGGCUUCUUCGAGGACAUCCUCAUUCCGGCGGACCAGCUCCAGGAGAACACGGUUUUGUGCGUGCCUCGAUGUGUAUUGGCGCCUGCUCUGUGCGACCAUUUGCCCCUGUUUUUCCCCCGCGCUCACGGGGGACCUAUGCCCUGCUCUAACAUCGACACCUCCCAUGUUACCUGGGUGUUGGCUGGCAGCGACCACGAGGAGCAGGUUUGGGUGUGGAACUACUUUGAUAACAAGCUCUAUAUGGAUGUGGAGAACCGCAUCCGCUUCCGCAUUGUGGAGCAUGUGUAUUUCGAGCAGUUCAAGAAGCCCACCGCCGCCACGCCGGGCGCCUUCCCGGCGGAAGAGCAGGCCGACACCAGUGAAGCCGCCCCCACUCAACCGCCUUUCUCGUUGAUUGCCGCGGCCAACCAGGACGGUCUUGGCCUGGAGAAGUGGUGGCAGUAGUCUGUCGCCCUCCCCCUCUAUUCCCCUCACAUCUCCCCCUCCCCCGACACAAUAGAAGACCCCAUGGCGUCACUGAGAGGACUCCCGUCGCGCGCGGGCGGUGGCGGGGCAGGAGGAGAGGGGGCA